AUGAAGUUUGAUCUCAUCGUCCUCACUACACUCGCAACUACUGCGACAUCCGCCAGACAAUCGUACGGAUCGCUUAGCAAGGCCGAUGUAUCCGCCCUCGAACAUGAACUGGACAAGUGGAAGGUGUUGUAUGGCCCCAUUGCACAAGCCAACGGACUCCUUCCCCCAGUCACUGUGAAAUCCGCACGAAUCAACGGCCAUUACGUCGAAGAACUUCAGCGCUUCCACAACACUGUCCAAGACGUCCAAGAAGCAGCCUUGGCCAACCCCGACGCUCAGUUCAGUCCGUUCAACCAGUUCGCCCUCUUGACCAACGACGAGUUCAAGAGUGUCUUGAUGACAUCGUUUAAUCCGCAAAACUUUACCAACGUCGCGCCCUUGCCCGAGUUGGCAAAUGAGCGCGCUUCUGAAGCGGACUGGUCGACAUCUAAGUGCAACUCUCCGAUUACCAACCAAGGCUCGUGUGGGUCGUGCUGGGCCUUUGCCUCGAUCGGGACGGUGGAGACUGCACACUGCAUUGCCACGGGUGAACUCUUGGACUUAUCUGAGCAACAAUUGGUCAGCUGUGACAAAAAGAACUCUGGUUGCAACGGUGGCAAUCCUUUACCAGCCAUCGACUGGAUGCAACAAGGCGUGUGCACCGAAGAGUCUUACCCGUACAAGUCCGGCAAAGGUAGUCAAAGCGGUACCUGCCAAACCAGCUGCACCAAGAAGAAACUGAGCAUUGGCAAAACCAAGAGAACAACUGGUGAGAGUUCGCUCAUGACAGUUCUGCAAAGCCAGGCUGCCGCCGUGGCUGUCGAAUCUGGCAACGCAGUGUGGCGCAACUACAAGAGUGGCAUCGUAUCUCAGUGUCCUGGGGGUCAAGCCGACCAUGCUGUGAUUGCCGUCGGGUACAACGACGAGUACUUCAAGAUCAAGAACUCGUGGGGGACGGAAUGGGGUGAAAAAGGGUACAUAUACUUGAAGCGAGGGAUGAGUAGCAAGGGAGUGUGCAACCCAGCCGACCCCUUCGACUAG